UGAAUUCCCAACACUGGAGUGUAGAGAGAGACUGCCGAUUCACUGUUAGCAAUAGCUGAUUCAAAGGAAGCUUCUCUCUCUCUCUCUCUCACACACACAUACACACUCAAAUCUCAGUUUGAAUUAGAUUCAGGACGGAUUCGAUUGCUUUUUGUUUGCGAAAAUGGGCAGCAAAAGGGAAGAAGAGAGAAACGAGAAGAUUAUUAGGGGUCUCAUGAAGCUGCCUCCUAAUCGCCGAUGCAUUAACUGCAACAGCUUGGGUCCUCAAUAUGUAUGCACAAAUUUUUGGACGUUUAUCUGUACUACAUGUAGUGGAAUACAUCGUGAGUUCACGCACCGUGUUAAGUCAGUUUCAAUGGCAAAGUUUACAUUUCAAGAAGUGGAUGCUCUUCAGAAAGGCGGUAAUCAGCGUGCGAGGGAUUUAUUUUUGAAGGCCUGGGAUCCUGAGACUGAGAGGAACAAACUUGUGGAUAAUAGCAAUAUUGAUAAACUUCGCGGCUUUAUAAAGGACGUAUACAUUGAUAAAAAGUAUUCCAUGGACAAGUCUUCUGAUAGGCCUCCAAGAGAUCCACAGAAUUUAAGAAGCCAAGAAGAUGAAAUGAGGCGAGCAAGCUCAUAUCAUUCGUACUCUCAAAGUCCGCCAUAUGAUUUUCAAUAUGAAGAAAGGCGAUACGGGAAACAUGCACCUUCACUUACUAGAAAGCCUGGUUCAGAUCGAGGACUUUAUGAGGGAAAGCUUGCUGGAUUUUUGAGUCCCAAUCGUUUAAGUGACUAUGCAAAGAAUGACAGGUUUUCGAAUGAGGGUUCUAAUUCCAGAAUGUCAGAUUAUACUGGUAAUGGUGGAGUUGAUCUUUUCAAAUCUGAUGUUUUAUCUCCUAGUUCCCAGAAUGAAACUUGGAGCCCAUUUAGUGAAUCAAAUUCAAGAGAAGCUCCCUCGUUACAUAAAUCAGAUGUAAUCAACAGUAGAUUUCAUCCUCAGCCUCAGAGAACUGUAUCCUUAGGAAGCUUUGGUUACUUUGAUAGCAGUUCCACAUCUUUCAAGUCAGUUGAUUCUACGAGCUUUCCUGAAGUUGUGUCUGAUCUUGGACAUUCUGCUGAGGUUUCCCAUGACAAAUCUACACCUGGAUCUUCAGUGUCCGGGGCCUUUGCUGGCUUGGACCUUUUUAAAACACCUUUUGCACAACAAAAUGCCUCUUCAACACCUCCAACUGGUAUUAAUUCUCAAUUGCCAGAGUCAUUGUUGGCACAAUCUUUUAACGACAUCCAAGAGUCUUCCACUUCUGCAGUUCCAUCAUUCUCCGAGCAACAACCAUCAGAAAUUCUACAACCUUCACCACUAGACUUGUUCACCUCUCCAUUCCAGCAACAAUCUGUUGUGUCUAACAAGGAAGAGGCCUCUAAUGUUGUGAUGUCAAAUGAUGGAGGGUGGGCAACUUUUGAUACGGCUCAGAACAUUGAGCCUAUUGGCACUGAAAAUUCAGCUCCGGCUGCAGUGCCUUAUUCUGAUGGAAGUAUUCUAGGAAACUUUAACCCAUUUUCCACCGAUGAAAGUUCCUCAUUUCAAGCUUCAGCUGGCCACGAACCUUCUGCAUCUACAUUUACUUUUGAAACCACUGAUAAUCCGUUUGAUGCUGCGGCUGUUGCUGAAGGACAUCCUACCCAAAAUGUUAUAGAAAUUAACAAACAAACUGCUCUUCACUCUGCUUCUGAUGCGGAGAAAUUGCUUGGUGAUGGUGGAUAUGAGUCUUUGAGUGAUUAUGGCAGGGUGACAACUUCGAGUGAGAGUGAACCACCAUUAUCCAGCUUAUCAUCAAAUUUCGAUAUAACACUAAAUGACUUCCCAAUCGGUCCAUCAGAGGCUGGCGUGGGUUCACUUGCAACUGAUCAUAAAUCCAGCAAUCCAUUUGAUCUGCCUUAUGAUUCCGACGUAGAAUCUACAAAUAUGUCUCAGUUGUGGAACAUGAGCUCUUUGCAAGUAGCUCUGCCAAAUCUCCAGAUGGCAGCCACUUAUGAUGAUGGAGUAAAUCAAUUAUGGUUUCCCCAAAAUCCAGUUCCCUCCUUCGUCCCUGGGGGAGUUUCGUUCGACUCAUCCAGUGGCUCUAUGGGAUAUAUAGCAGGGCAAGCACCAAACACCUCAAUAACGAGUAUCCAUACUCAUGGUCCCGUUGCCUCCGUUGGUGGAAACCCUUUCGCCUAGACACAGAAUCUCUUCAUAGAAAUGAUAAUAUUGGCAAAACAAGAGAUCACCUAGCUAGUUGUUUGCGCAGAUUAUCAAUAGUUGUCUUUCCUAUCAAGUUAAUCUGCAGUAGAACUACAAAGAGGCGUGUGCUCUGUAAUUGUAAUUGCUUGCUUUGCUAACAUGAUUGUGAUUCUUUUUUAAUCUAUUUUCCCA